AUGACCACUCGUUGCGGCAAAGCGGAUGUUACACUGCACAACCACGUGGCACUGACCAGCGGAUCUAUACUCAGGAGAACAUGUGACAUGAUCCUACCUAAGAUCGAUUACAAUCCGAGUCAAGUGCUGCGUGACUCCGAAGAUGCAGAAAGUGGUGUGGUUAGUGUUACUUCUGGCGGCGUGCGACGCAAUACCGCGAGAUCAAAGAUCACCGUGGAAGAUUGAUUGUGACGAUCAGUGUAGGUGCAAUUCGGAUGACUGCCGCAAGAGAUGUGAGGGGGAUUUAAAACACAGAUGCAAAGUAAAUUGCUUACGAGAUUAUGUAUAUUGCACCUAUGACUGUGUUCCCUAAUAAGCCCGUAAACACAUUCAUUGCACACAAUUUUCCGUGCUUUAUUGUUAUGUUUGUGAUAAACAAUUACUUGAGGAAUACAAAAAUAUACAAAU